GCGGCGGCUGUGCGGUGCGGUGCAGAGAGGAGGCGGAGGCGGGCGCGCGGGCAGCUCACGGGCACCCGGGCCGGGCCGGCGCGGGAGCGGGAAAGGGUGCGCUAUGCCUUUAACGCCCGUGUACAGUAGACGGUAUAGUGGAGUGUAGGGAAACUCUAGGCGGGGUUAAAGUUCAGCUCAUGGAGCGGCAAUAGCGCUGGCUGGCUGCAGUUGAGCCGAGUUGGAAAUGUGAACGCAAGAAGCAGGCUUGAUUUUUUUUUCUCCCCCCCCUUCUCUCUCUCUCUCUCUCUCCUCUCUCUUCCUCUCUCCCUCUUUCUCCUCUCUCACCCACACUCACGCACACCUCCAAAUCGCACACCCAGACGCACACGCACACCCCACCGCCCGGCAGUUAUGUAUUCUCCGCUCUGUCUCACCCAGGAUGAAUUUCAUCCGUUCAUUGAAGCACUUCUGCCGCACGUCCGAGCCUUUGCGUACACAUGGUUCAACCUGCAGGCCCGAAAACGAAAAUACUUCAAAAAACACGAAAAGCGUAUGUCAAAAGAAGAAGAGAGAGCAGUGAAGGAUGAAUUGCUAAGUGAAAAACCAGAGGUCAAGCAGAAGUGGGCAUCUCGACUUCUGGCAAAGUUACGGAAAGAUAUCCGACCUGAGUACCGAGAGGAUUUUGUUCUUACUGUCACAGGGAAAAAGCCUCCAUGUUGUGUUCUGUCCAACCCAGACCAGAAAGGCAAGAUGCGAAGAAUUGACUGCCUCCGCCAGGCAGAUAAAGUCUGGAGGUUGGACCUUGUUAUGGUGAUCUUGUUCAAAGGUAUUCCGCUGGAAAGUACUGAUGGCGAGCGCCUUGUAAAGUCCCCACAAUGCUCUAAUCCAGGGCUCUGUGUCCAGCCCCAUCACAUAGGGGUCUCUGUUAAGGAACUCGAUUUAUAUUUGGCAUACUUUGUGCAUGCAGCAGAUUCAAGUCAGUCUGAAAGUCCCAGCCAGCCAAGUGAUGCUGACAUUAAGGACCAGCCAGAAAACGGACACUUGGGCUUCCAGGACAGUUUUGUCACAUCAGGUGUUUUCAGUGUGACUGAGCUAGUAAGAGUGUCACAGACACCAAUAGCUGCAGGAACUGGCCCUAAUUUUUCUCUCUCCGAUUUGGAAAGUUCUUCAUACUACAGCAUGAGUCCAGGAGCCAUGAGGAGGUCUUUACCCAGCACAUCCUCUACAAGCUCCACCAAGCGCCUCAAGUCUGUGGAGGAUGAAAUGGACAGUCCUGGUGAAGAGCCAUUUUACACAGGCCAAGGACGCUCACCAGGGAGUGGCAGUCAGUCCAGCGGAUGGCAUGAAGUGGAGCCAGGAAUGCCAUCACCAACCACACUGAAGAAGUCGGAGAAGUCUGGUUUCAGCAGUCCCUCCCCUUCGCAGACCUCCUCUCUGGGAACGGCCUUCACACAGCAUCACCGACCUGUCAUCACAGGACCCAGAGCAAGUCCACAUGCGACACCAUCGACUCUCCACUUUCCGACAUCACCCAUUAUCCAGCAGCCUGGGCCUUACUUCUCGCACCCAGCCAUCCGCUACCACCCUCAGGAGACGCUGAAAGAGUUUGUCCAACUUGUCUGCCCUGAUGCUGGUCAGCAGGCUGGACAGGUGGGGUUCCUCAAUCCCAAUGGGAGCAGCCAAGGCAAGGUGCACAACCCAUUCCUUCCUACCCCAAUGUUGCCACCACCACCACCACCACCGAUGGCCAGGCCUGUGCCUCUGCCAGUGCCAGACACAAAGCCUCCAACCACGUCAACAGAAGGAGGGGCAGCCUCCCCCACCUCACCAACCUACUCGACACCCAGCACCUCCCCCGCAAACCGAUUCGUCAGUGUUGGACCACGGGAUCCAAGCUUUGUAAAUAUCCCUCAACAGACACAGUCCUGGUACCUGGGAUAAAAGUUGCAGCAUCCCACCAUCCACCAGACAGACCACCUGACCCCUUCUCAACUCUGUAACAUGGACGCAACCUCAACCCAGCGCAGUUACAACUUCACUGUCAGUGGAAGGGGAGAAAAAAAAAAAAAGCCGAUUUGAAUCAACUUGUACAUGGAAACAAGCAAAGCAUUAUGGUCCAACAGCAGAGCCCAUAAUCUUUUGGGAUUUUUUUUUUAAUACUUUAGGGACUGUGGUCAUUUCUCAUAUGGUGCUGGAAAUGGUUGGGUUCUGUGGCGUUUGAAGUGUUUCAGUGGUGGUAUGAGCAGUAGGUUACGUGGCUGGCGAGGUCUGCGCUUGCUCACUGACACACUUCCCCUUGCUGCAGAGCCUGGCCGUUUCACAGUAUUUCAUGAAUUUACCCACACAGGUGUGAUCCUCCUUGAGUCCCUUUCAGGAGGUACUUGGAGAACUAAAUCUUUUGUAGUAGCUGAGAUCUGCAAUAUCUAACUUACGGGACAGUCAAAGGGCAAUGUUUUUCUGUAACAUAUUGGAAAAAGAAAACACAGUUAACGUUCCUCUUCUGAUUUUCUUUUACUUUGGUUUGAUUCAGCAAGUCCGCAGUUAAAUGUACCGUGGCCCAUAAGGACAGGAAUCCACUCACAUUGCAGAACAAUUCCGAAAAUGGCAAACUACUACUACUAUUCAGUUUUGUUUUUAAGUUUGGAAAUGCUGCACUUAUGUUAAAAAAAAAAAAAAAAGCAUUUUUCAACAAUUUCAACAAUGACACAAAAAAAUUCACAUGGAAAUGGGGAAGAUGGUCUGUUUUGACAGAAACUGACAGGAAUCAAUCAAAACAAUCGAAUUUUGAAUUGAGUGAAGUGCAAUUUCAUUGGAUAGCUAAAUAUCUUUGUAAGAUAGAGAUUGUUGAAAAUUCUAUUUUUGUUUUUCAAGUCCUUCCACCCCAGGACUCUAAAUUAUUGGGGUUAAAAAAACAGCCUUGCAAGAAAAAGGGGAGCUAUUUUUGCUUUUUAUGUUUUUUAUUGUUAAACUUGUAUCCCUUUAAAAAAAACGAAGGAAAAUUUAAAAAAACAAAAAAAAAACAAAAAAAAAACAAAUCUAAUGGUGCUUUUACCACAAUAUGUUAACUACAUUAAAUGCUAAUUAAUUAUUUUCUGUUAUCAAAGCACAUAACUAAAAUGAAAUCAUGGUAUCUGUUAAUUUUAUAAGCUAGAAGUCACUAUAAUGAAUUAUGCCAAUUCUGAAAGUUUUUACAUGUAUCUGGCAACAUAGGAUUUAUCAGUUAUCAGACACUUCAUUGUACCAGAGAUUGUCCAGAAGUUUUAAGACCUCUGUGCCCCUGAACUGGGCUAUGGGAACUAAUAAUAAUAAUAAUAAUAAUAUAAUAAUUAAUAAUAAUGAAACCAAUACUGACACAAAUGCAAGUGCUCAUUUCAGAUCAAGGGUACUUGUUAGGGAAAAAAAAAGUUUGCACCCCCAAAUGUCCUGUAUCUUAUGUAAAAAACAAAAAAAUGCAUAAAAAAACACAAAAAACACAGAAAUGAAAAAAAAAAGUGCAAGUGAUUUUUCUACCAGACAGCGAAGCACCCCUUUGCUUCCCAUGCAACUUCAAAAAAGGUUUCCUAUACUAUACAUAUAUAUAUGUUCUGGUUGGCAGGCCCUGCUGAUCGGAGGAAGUCUCUGCAUGUUCUAGUGUUAGUAACUAAUUUUUAUAUAGUUAAUGUAGGAUAAAGUAGAGUGCAUUAAGACACAAUAUUGUAAUCCCUACUCUAGGCACUUGCCUUUAAACUAUGUUUUUUUUUUCAGCCCUUCAGAAGGGCUCUACUACUGUCCUUUACAAUCAAGUAACUGAAAUUCUUGGGAAGACACUUUGCUCCUCAUCUUUCCCACCCUCCCUCCCUUCCCACCCCUCCCCCAAACAAUGUUGUUUUGUUUUGUUUUGUUUCCUUAAUUUGCACGAAAACAAAAAUUCCAUAUCAAUGUGCCUUGCCCUGGAUAGCGAUUAUUUGUGGAAUUGUUGCACAGGCUCCUCUUUUGAAAGGGGGUUUUUCCCUAAAUCAAACAUUUGGAGACACUUUUUUUUUUCUUCUUCUUCUUCUUCUUCUUUUUUUUUUUUUUUUUUUUUGGUAAAUGUGACCUUUAUGUCAGCCAUUGUCAGUUUCAACAUCUAGAACUAAAUAGGAAGUUAAUUGUUCCACAGGUAGAGUAGUUCUUAUUGUCCUGUACCGUCAGUGGCAGUGCUAUUCUGAGAUCUGUCCAUACUUAGAAUAUCAGUAUUUUGGAUGUUGCUGCAUUUUAUUUGGAGUCUUCCUUUAUUUUCCCCAGAUAUAUGAAAAUAUGCAAUACCUGCUUAUAUCAUGUAGAAAAGCUUAGCGAUUAUUAAUUUUUUUCUUUUCUUUUCUCCUUUUUUUUUUAUUUGACCAAAGUCGGUGCUGCACUUGACGCAGUGUGUUUUAGGUGUUUGUCUUUGUACUUUUUUUGUGUGUGAUUUUUUUUUUUGAAUGCACGCAGGAAGGGCUCCUCUUAGAGAAGCAGUCAAACUGUGAAGCACUAAGCUGACCCUGCUUCAAGCAAUUUUGUUUUUACAACUGUUCCUUUCACAAGCAAGCCUUAAAAAAAAAAAAGACAACUUCCUUUUUCUUCAGCGCCCACACCCCAUUUUUCUUAGCAGACUGCAAGUCAAUCCACAUUCAAUAAAAAGUAUAUAAUGCCCAUUUUUAUAUGCACGUUUUUAAACUUCCAAGUUCUGAAAAUUGUUUACUGGUUAUCUCUAUUUAAGGAAAAUAAAAUAAAACAUUUUGGAUUUUCAUAUGUGUCUGAUAAGUGGUUGAAUAGUUGUUUGGUGUGAUUGUCAGUGUACAAUGUCACUUCCAAUAGCCAGCCAGCAUACUUUGCCUUCCUUAUAUAGCACUUAGCUGGGCAUUACUUUAUUAUGACAUAUGUGCACUAAAAACAAAAAAAGAAAAAAGAAAAAAAAAAAACAGAAAAAAAUAGCAGCUUUCAGUGCUUCACAGUGAAGGAAAAAAAAGCCUAGACAAACAUUUUGUCAGAACCUUGCAAUAAGCCAAGGUAUUACCAGUAAAUUGGUUGUAUAUACAAUAAAAAUUGCACCCUUUUUUAAACAAAACAAACUAAGCAAUAGUUUGGGGCAGUUUUAGUUGUUUUUAGUGAGCAUGUUGUAGUCAUGGCUGCAAAGAGAGAGAAUCAACUGCCCACUCAGAAGAUCUGUAAUUUGUAUUGUUGUAUAGUUUUAUUGAUUACACUGAUUUAUUCUACCCUAUUUUAUAAUGCAAGACUUUUGUAAUGUUGUUUAAAUGAGGAAAAAUUUCUGUCAAAUUAGCCUAGUGAAAUUUCUGAUUGUUCAUAUCAAGACAGCAUUCAUAGAAUUGCUUUUCUUUCUUUCCCCUUCCCCUGUGGGAACUGGAUUUAAGUUUAAAACUUUCCUGUUUCCUUUUUAUUUUUUGUAAGUAUUUAAAUACACUUAUUUUUUCUCUCAAUGGUAUAGCAUAUUCCUAUGCUUGAGAAGUAUAGGUCUACUGAAGAACCAUUGUAAAUGGACGUGACAGGUAUGCUGUAUUUUUGAAGGCAUUUUGUUGUAUUAAGUUUGAUGAAGCUAAAAUUGGGGAAGUCUGAACAGAUUUGCAGGAAAAAAAAUGUUUUAAAGGCUUUAAAACAUUAGGGAGGCAGUCUAGGGUGGUCACAAACAGGGGUUAAAUAUUCAGUCCACUAGAUUACCUUUCUGUUCACAUUUCAUUACCCAGAAAGCAGCAGGAAACUGAAGUUCAGUCAUGAUCAAGCAGGGAAAGAAACACCAACCAUCCAUGUGUUUUGCUAUUAAGAUUAAAAGCUGAGCGAAUAUGUUUAAGGAAGGCUUUGCUACUGGGGUGUGUAGACAGACAGACUGAGAGCUAUCAGCAUCCGAAGGCCUAGCCCUUGAUUUCAAGACACAUCUGAAUUUUUAUUUUUUCUCUUUCAUCAAAUGGCAUUAACAGGAUUUGGCAAAGAUAGUCCCCUCAAAUGACUCUCUGAGUUGUUUUUGUUUUUUUUUCUUUUUUCUCUAGGAACUGAAGUCAGAGGCACAAACACUAACUCUUAGCAUUUUUCAAAGUUUUUCCUUUUGGCUUCUCUCCUCCCAGCCACCAUACCCCCUUUCCCAGCUCUGCUGGGUGGAGGCCCACUCCCUGUUGCUGCUUUCCCCACCCUCCAGCCUUGUUCUUCCUUGGGAUGGUUCUAGUCCUUCACCCUAGCAUGACAGUUAUUAACUGACAACUGAUUCCCCCACCCCACAUCUCCAGCCACCAUCACCCAAGUGGGAGCUAGACAGGCCCAGUUGGCUGCACUUCUUCAAGCUUAUGCUCUUGUUUCCUGACAGCCAAUGACCCAAAAUCUCUAGUCAUGGUGGCACAGUAUACAGUCUGCCCAUAGGCAUAUGUAAAACCCACUUCAUAAAGUGUAUCUUCCACUUUGUCCAACUCUUAACCUCUCACAAUCUUUGAGUUCUGUAGUGCCAAUGUCCUGAGGUAUUUACAAAACUCAGAUCAAGGAAAACAUUUAUUUCCCUUAUGGUUUUAGUGAUUUUUGGGGGGGAGAGGUUUCUAAGAAGGUCAUUUCAUGUGCUUCAAAGCACAUUUCUGGAAAUAUUAUCCCUAGGGAUGGUAGUUUCUCUCUCUCUCUCUCUCUCUCUCUCUCUCUCUCUCUCUCUCUCUCUCUCUCUCUUUCUCUGGAUGUGUGUAUGUGUCUCUGUCUCUUAGGUUUUUGUUUGCUUCUUUUUCCUUUUGUUUCUGGAUUUUGGUAGCAGGCCUCCACAGGACAAGUGUGAGACACAAAUGGCAUGGUAAUGUAAGGAGAGCUUUGGUGGUGCCUCACUCCCCCCCUCCCAGACCUCCCUCCCUGUCCUAGAGGAUCUCAGCUCUGCUCUGCCCUCCCCUUGGGCAUGGCUUUCAUUCCCAUCAGCUUCUGAGGCCAUUUCUUCUUGAAGUCCAUGCAUGUACUUAUCGUGUGACUUUAAACCCGCUCUGCCUUCUCCAUGCCCAAGGCUGCUCAUUCUCUAAUUAAUGUCAUGAAUGUUUCCCUUUUAUUUUUCCCAAUUAAGGAACAAAAAGCAGUGGGAUGAAAAUUGCUUUGAUAGAUAGCAGGUAACAUUGAAGCUAUUCCAUAGCACUUAACCGUAGUGAAUACUGUGUCACCAAUUCUGAAAUCAAUUUAAUGUUUAAUGCAAAUCCAUUACAUGGUGCUAUUACAGGCUGACAAAAUGAUUUAAACAAAUGUGACAACUUGGGCUCAAUUCACUCUGCUUUCCAACAGUGUAAACGCAUAGCAGUGUUUAUCUGCAUGAGAACUAUGCACUAAUCUAUCUGAAGAAGAAAACUACUAUAUCAACUUUGGUAUCUACUUUCCGUUUACUUCGAUCCUUGCCUUUGGUCAUUGUUAUAAUGCCAGCUUUAGGACAGAAAGAAUUAUAAGAAAACCAGCAUAAUACCUGAUAUAUUAAAAUGUAGUGCCUGUGAAAAUCUGUAUUAUAUUGCUCUUCUGAAGUAAGACUUUUCUACACCGGUAGCCUUCGCUGUCUGUCAGUCAGGACCCCUGGUAUAGGUGUUGUAAAAUAACCGUACAAUAUUAAUGCAUGCUAUUCCAUAAUGCUUAGUGAACUGUAUGAAUAUUACUCAAAGUUAUGUUAGUCUUUUUUUUUCCUGACUUGGUUCUUGUCAGCUAGGUUUAAAGGCAUUUCACUGAGAACGCAAAAUUCUGUCUUUUCUUGAUUUCAGCUGUUUUCAGUAUUUUGGAGGUAUACAUUUACUUAAAUUCAGUAUUACUUGUGUUUUUGUUUUGGGGUUUUUGUUGUUGUUUUUUUUCCUAGGGGACAAGCAUGGGUGUUUGAUUUCAGAAAUCAGUACCUGGUGAGAAUUUUGUCUCAAAAUUACUGCAUCACCUUCAAGAACUCUACUACAAAGGCGCUCUGGGAGCAUUUGCAGGGGAGGGACACUUCUUUAUGGAGGCUGAAGUGCUUUCUAAAUGGACAGCGCUCAGGAAGGUACCCAUGUUUGAUCCAGCUUCACACCACACCUCCUCAGAUGAAAAGGAAAAAGAAAAAAAAAACUUUUAAGAAAUCACAUGGCUAUUUAGUUUCAUGCACAGUUGGAAUAUCUUCUUCAAAAACAAAACUGUACAAACUUUGGGCCCGAUUCAUAAGAAAAAAAAAGUUUGCUAUUAACACGGGAUUUUUGUUGUUGUUAUUUAGUUUAAAUUUGCAACCAUUUUCUUCCCAAGUGAAAUAAAUUCCAUCAUUUUUCCCCUAAGCCAUGCCCAUCUGCCUUUCAUUCUUCCAAAGGGCUCAAGUAAAGCAGAUUCGAGAGAAUGGGGUAUUGGGAGCAGAUCCCAGCCAAUGUGGAGAUACGUAGGAUGCCCAGAGCCGGGCAUGAGGUUGGGAGACAGCACAUUGGAAUCAUAUCUCUUUUGUGUGCUUGGGCAUCCUCAGUUUCCCAUAUGGACUCAUUACGCUGUUUGGUUCAGAAAACUUCCCAAAAUAAAUCUGGACCACCAGAGUCUUCUACAGUGGAAGUGCCACCUCUAAUCUAACCAGAGCACUUUCCUGGUGGCAAUACCCACUGGCUUGUAUAAUGUGAACUUUUAUGUCUCUACCAUGGUGUCAAAGACAAGUAACACCCAAUAAAGUGGGCCACUGUUACUGCUGUUUUCUGUUCAACUUCUUAAAAUGACUCCAGGUUUUCUUCCCCCCCCCCCCCCCGCCCUUUUUCUUCUUGGUUAUAUUGGCAUUAUUCCUUUUUUUAUUUUAUUUUUUUUCUCUUGAUAGUAGCCUGUAAAUUUGCUCUUUUAUAUUUCUCUCUCGCAUCUCAACCUAAAAGUCCUAAGACCAUGGGCCACAUUGAAUGGGAGGUGUGAGGGAGCUGCCAGUCUGUCCUUCUUCCCUCCUUUGGUGUCAGUCCUUUGGCUGUGGUGAAGGCGCUCAGUAGCCUGGACCCUGAGGUGCCAACCAGGCUAGUGUAGUUGCUGCAGCGGGUUCCUGGAGGUCCUUGCGAAGUUCCUCAAGACCAAGUCCAUGGGACCUUCUCUGCUCUCAGCCCUGACUCCUCUCCCUGACCCCCAGCAACUUCCCUAGGGACUUUUCCCACCACAUCUACAACCUAGCCCUAUUCAAAAAGCCUCUGGUUUUCAUCUCAAAUUGUGGGGGAGGGGAUUAAAUAGUUCCAGUGAUGGCAAAGAGAUCUAUUUUUGAAAUGAAACCACCCCCGUGUUAAUAUCUUGGUCUGACAUUCGUUGUGGGUUUUUUUGUUGUUGUUGUUUUUGUUUUUGUUGCUGUUUUUUUUUUUUUUUUUAUGAGCCGGGCCCCCUGUGCCUCUAGUCUACUUGUAUUGACUCUCAUAGUUACCCUUUUAGUUGACUGUGUUCUGUGAAAAUUUGUAAUUGGUUGAGAAUCACUGUGGGCGUCCAUUCUUAUUCAACUAAAUCUCCACAGGGUUUUUGAGCUGGUGUGGGUUAGUUUAACUCUUGUAUUCAACCGUUAGUGCUACCACUUUCUCACAUUACAAUACAAUUACUGGAAGCGAGUACUGCAUUUCCUAUGCAACAAAAAAAGGAAAAAUAAAAAAUUGCUAAUGCUA